UGCCCUUGUUUUCGUCUCUUUGUGUUGUUUAGUUGACUGCUUUGAUAGUGUAAGGUUUGUGUUACCAACAGACUGAAGAGGAUAACUUAGAGCCAUUCACAUGACUUGCCAUCCUACACCUUCCUACAGUCCCUCCAGGAAUCCUUUGGAUCCUCUGCCACUAGGGAGAGAGGGACACCUGUUUCAGGAGGGGUGAGGUGAAGGGAGCGAAGGAGAAGAGGGGGAGGAAAGGAGGAGAGGCUGUUGUUGCGGUGUGAGAGCAGUACAGUAGUGGAGGACUGGACACAGAGAAGUGGGCUUCUGUUUUCUACUCUGGGGGACUGUAAGCGAAGAAAGAAUUGAGGAGAGCAGAGGAGGAAUGUGUGGAUUACAGUAGCAAGUACCAACAGACUGAAAUUAAAGAGGAGAAAAGUAUUUGAUUGAGCAGGAAAAAAAGAGAAAGCAACCGAACAAAUAGUAGAGAGAGAAAGCGAGAGAGAAAGAAAGAGAGAUUGAUAGAGAGAGACAGAGAAAGAGAGAAAAAAAGAGAUUAAGGGCAUACCGCUGCAGGUGUGCGGCGCUAAACAGUGGGCUAUAGGGAGAGAGAAAGGAGACUGACUGUUCGCAGCGUGCUGAGUGGAGUUACCGUGGUGACCAAACCUUGAAUUAGUACCUUCUCUUCUACAGUGAACCCUCCUGAACCUCCGCUAACCAAUCACAGGGAGAGAAAAGCAGAGGGUAGAGGUGUUACAUGGAACUUUAUUUACAACCUAUAAGUCUACCUGGCCUAUUAAGGAGGUGCAGUUGAUACAGGUGCAGUACAGGGACUGUGUAAGGGUGUUAGGUUACUGUUGAGUUGCGGUAGGUAGAGAGUGUUGACAGGUCAAUUGACAGGUUGAUUGACAGGCGUCGGGUUAAGGUGAUGUCUGUGGAGCGGGGCCAGGGACGUGGCCACUCCCCCUCUGACUCGGAAGAAACCAACGGGCUGCCGGUGGAUCCUGAACCAGAGGAACUGGACUGGGAUAGCUUUAGUACUGCAUUGGAACAGAGACUGACUAUUGAGCAGGAGUGUGCCCAGGCGUCAGAUCACCGUUGUGCCCAGCUGGAGAAGGCCCAGCGUGGGCUGGAGCUGCAGCUGUCUGGCCUAUCUGAGCGCCUGGAGGAGGAGGAGGCGUGCUCGACCCAGCUGGCCCACCACAGAGAGAGGCUGGAGGCAGAGAACAGCAGCCUCAGACGAGACCUGGAGGAACUGGAGAGUGCUCUGACUGCCACCGAGAGAGACAAACAGUUUUCAGACAGCUCAGUCAGGAAGCUUUCAGAGGAGCUGUCCCAGAGAGAGGAAGCUGUCCAAAAGCUUCAGAAGGAGAAAGAGCACCUGGUGGAGCUCAGCCAGCAAGCCAUUGAGGAUCUGCAGAGCGAGGAGGAGAAGGUGAACCUCCUGACCAAAGAGAGGGCAAAGUUACAGGUGCAGGCGGAAGAUUUGGAGUACCUGUUAGAGCAGGAGCGGCAUCAGCGUGGGGAGCUGGAGAAAGGCAGGAAGAAACUGGAGGGAGACAGCAGGUCCACUCUGGAGAGCCUCACUGAGAUGGAGAGGAUGAGGAGCAGCCUGGAGGAACUCAUGAAGAAGAGAGAUGUGGAGAUAACCAGCACCAGUACCAAGCUGGAGGCAGAAGAGGCCCUAAACAUCAGCCUGCAUAGGAGGAACAAGGAGCUGCAGGUCCGUAUCGAGGAGCUGGAGGAGGAACUGGAGACAGAAAGAACCAUGAGAGCCAAGGUGGAGAAGCAGAGAGCUGAUCUGACCAGAGAACUGGAUGACCUUACUGACCGACUGGAGGAGGCAGGGGGAGCCACAGCUUCACAGAUUGAAGUAAAUAAAAAGCGGGAGGCGGAGCUCCAGCGUCUGAGAAGGGACUUGGAGGAGUCUUCUAUCCAAUCAGAGGCCCUGGCUGCGUCUCUAAGGAAGCGUCAUGGUGAUGCGAUGGCAGAGCUGGGAGAGCAGUGUGAGAGUCUCCAGAGGACCAGGGCCAAGCUGGACAAGGAGAAACAGAGUCUACGCAUGGAGUUGGAGGACCUUGCUGCCUCACUGGACACCCUGCAGAAAGUCAGGGUGUCGACAGACAGCCAGCUGAGGAAGCUGGAAGAGCAGCUCUCUGAGGCCAACACCAGAGGAGACGAUCUGCAGAAAGCCCUGACUGAGGUCAACGUAGCCAGGAACAGACUCACAGCCGACAACACAGACCUGGCCAAACAGCUGGAGGAGGCAGAGAGCAGAGCCAGCCAGGUCUGUCGCUCCAAGACCCUGAUUGUGACCCAACAUGAAGACAUCAAGAAACAGAUGGACGAGGAGCUUAAGUCUAAGCUGGCCCUGGGCAGCAGUCUGGCAGGGCUGCGUCAGGAGUGUGAGGUGUUGAAGGAACAGCUGGAGGAGGAGCAGGAGAGCAAGCUGGAGCUGCAGCGUUUCAUCUCCAAACUCAACACCGAGGUCACACAUUGGAGGACCAGACAUGAGGCGGACGCCAUACAGCACUUGGACGAACUGGAGGAGACCAAGAAGAAGCUGGCGUCUCGGCUCCAGGAGGCUGAGGAGGCGGUGGAGGCCACCCAGGCUAAGUGCUCCUCUCUGGAGAAGACCAAGCAGAGACUCCAGGGAGAGGUGGAGGACCUCUGUAUAGACCUGGAGAAGGCUAGUAAUUGUGGCCAGGCGCUGGAUAAGAAACAGCGCAUCUUGGAAAAGCAGCUGGGCGACUGGAGGCAGAAGUGUGAGGAGCUGGUGCUGGAGGUGGAGGGUUGUCAGAAGGAGAGCAGACAGCACGCCACGGAGCUCUUCAAACUGAAGACGGCCCAUGAAGAGGCUCUGGAACAGGGAGAUGCCCUACGCAGAGAGAACAAGGCCUACCAGGAGGAGAUAGUUGACCUGACUGACCAGCUCUCGGAUGGAGGCAAGAGCGUCCACGAGCUGCAGAAGACAAAGAAGAAGAUAGAGAUGGAGAAGGAGGAGCUGCAGGCCUCAUUGGAAGAGUCUGAAGCUGCCUUAGAGGCUGAGGAGACCAAGGUGCUGCGUCUGCAUCUGGAACUGUCCCAGGCUAAAGGAGACAUGGAGAGGAGACUCCAGGAGAAAGAGGAGGAGUUUGAGGCAGCAAGGAAGAGCCACCAGAGGGCGCUGGAGUCCCUUCAGGCCAGUCUGGAUGUGGAGGUCAAAGGUCGUGGUGAGGGGUUGAGGGUGAAGAAGAAGCUGGAGUCUGACCUAAAUGAGCUGGAACUACAGGUGGACCUGUUCACCAAGAACAACAUAGAGCUCACCAAGAACACAAAGAAGAUGCAGCAGCAGAUCAAGGAACUGCAGGGCCAAUUGGAGGAGGUGGUGCGUGGGCAGGAGGAGCGGAGGGAGGAGCAGAUCGUGUUGGAGCGACGCUGCCUCCUGCUGGUGAGCGAGGGAGAGGAGACACGUGGUGCGCUGGAGAAUGCUGACAGACAACGCAAAAUCUUAGAGAUUGAGCUUACAGAGACCAACGAGAAGUACAACGACCUCAACAACCAGUUCCAGUCAGCGCUGAGUGGUAGGAGGAAACUGGAUGUGGAUUUACAGGCACUGCAGCAGGAGCAUGAGGAGCUGCAGAACGAACUGAGAGGAGCCAAUGACAAGAUCAAGAAGGCCAACUGUGAGGGAGCACGUGUGUCAGAGGAACUGAGGUUAGAGCAGGACCACACCCUGCACAUGGAGCGGGUGAAGAAGGGUCUGGAGGCCCAGUUAAAGGACAUGGGCACCAGGCUGGACGAGGCUGAGCAGAUGGCCCUCAAAGGAGGCAAGAAGAUCAUCCAGAAACUGGAGGGCAAGGUAAAGGAGCUGGAGUUGGAGCUGGACUCGGAGCAGAAGCGUCACGCUGAAACGGUGAAGACGCUGCGUAAGAACGAGCGUCGUCUGAAGGAGCUGCUGUUCCAGUCCGAGGAGGACCAGAAGAACCAACACCGCAUGCAGGAACUUGUGGAGAGACUCCAGAACAAGAUGAAGGCCUACAAGAGACAAGUAGAGGAGACGGAGGAGCAGGCCAACAUGAACCUCGCUAAGUACAGGAAGACUGUACAUGAGUUGGAUGAUGCUGAAGAAAGGGCAGACAUCGCUGAGUCAGCCCUCACCAAGAUCAGGACCAAGAACCGCGGUAGCUUCAGCAAGGGAUACUCGUCUGGUUACAGCACUCCGUACCCCGGGGGGAUCGUGAGGUCACCCAGUUCCGUGGGGUCAGAGGGUAGGAGUGAGAAGAUCAUCAACGACGACAAUGACUCGGUCAGCUCCCUCAUCCCAGCUUAUCUCAACUCCCUGAAGAAACUCAUGAUAGACUAGCACCUAGGGAGGGAGUCAGUUGGAUGUACCAAACAUUCCAGAGCAAAGAAACAUGUACUGUCUUACAUAUGUAGGAUCUUAAUUUGAGACCGUUUGCUGCAGCAGGAAACGUGCAUUAUAAUUCAUGGACAUUUUUGAAGGGGUUGAUACAUUUUUCAUUUGGGCAAAUUAAGUCUGACAUUUGAAAGUGGAAACUAAACUUUAGAAGACUUUUUAAAAUUCAAGAACUACAAGUUUGUGUUUCCUGCUGUGCAGGACAAUUCUCAAAUUAAGAUCCUACGUUUGUAUGUUUUUACUUUUAAAUCCAAACCAAUUUCCCUGCAUACAUGCAGUGUCAGACAUUUCAAAGCAAUAUUUUUUUCUGGAUUUUGUGGUAUACAAUACAUACAGUUGAUGUCAGAAGUUUACAUACACCUUAGCCAAAUACAUUUAAAAACUGUUUUUCACAAUUCCUAACAUUUAAUAAUCCUAGUAAAAAUAAUCUGUUUUAGGUUAGUUAGGAUCACCCCUUUAUUUUAAGAAUGUGAAAUGUCAGAAUAAUAGCAGAGAGAAAUAUUUAUUUCAGCUUUAAUUUCUUUCAUCACAUUCCCAGUGGGUCAGAAGUUGGCAUACACUCCAUUACUAUUUGGUAGCAUUGCCUUUCAAUUGUUUAACUUGGGUCAAAUGUUUUGGGUAGCCUUCCACAAGCUUCCCAUAAUAAGUUGGGUGAAAUUUGGCCCAUUCCUCCUGACAGAGCUGGAGUAACGGAGUCAGGUUUGUAGGCCUCCUUGCUCGCACACACCUUUUCAGUUCUGCCCACAAAUUUUCUUUAGGAUUGAGGUCAGAGAUUUGUGAUGGCCACUACAAUACCUGGACCUUGUUGUCCUUAAGCCAUUUUGCCACAACUUUGGAAGUAUGUUUGGGGUCAUUGUCCAAUUGGAAGACCAAUUUGCAACCAAGUUUUAACUUCCUGACUGAUGUCUUGAGAUGUUGCUUCAAUAUAUCCACAUAAUUUUCCUACCUCAUGAUGCCAUCUAUUUUGUGAAGUGCCCCAGUCCCUCCUGGAGCAAAGCAACCCCACAACAUGAUGCUGCCACCCUAGUGCUUCACGGUUUGGAUGGUGUUCUUCGGCUUGCAAGCGUUCCCCUUUUUCCUCAAAACAUAACAAUGGUCAUUAUGGCCAAACAGUUCUAUUUUUGUUUUAUCAGACCAGAGGACAUUUCUCCAAAAAGUACAAUCUUUAUCCCCAAGUGCAGUUGCAAACCAUAGCCUGGCUUUUUUUAAUGGCAGUUUUGGAGCAGUGGCUUCUUCCUUGCUGAAUGGCCUUUCAGGUUAUGUCGAUAUAGGACUCGUUUUACUGUGGAUAUAGAUACUUUUGUACCGGUUUCCUCCAGCAUCUUCACAAGGUCCUUCGCUGUUGUUCUGGGAUUGAUUUGCUCUUUUCGCACCAAAGUACGUUCAUCUCUAGGAGACAGAAUGCUUCUCCUUCCUAAGCGGUAUGACGGCUGCAUGGUCCCAUGGUGUUUAUACUUGCGUACUAUUGUUUGUACAGAUGAACGUGGUAUCUUCAGGCAUUUGGAAAUUGCUCCCAAGGAUGAACCAGUCUUGUGGAGGUCUACAAUUUUUUUUUCUGAGGUCUUCUGAUUUUCCCAUGAUGUCAAGCAAAGAGGCAGAGUUUGAAGGUAGGCCUUGAAAUUACAUUUACAUUUAAGUCAUUUAGCAGACGCUCUUAUCCAGAGCGACUUACAAAUUGGUGCGUUCACCUUAAGACAUACAGAAAUACAUCCACAGGUACACCUCCAUUUGACUAAAAUGUCAAUUAGCCUAUCAGAAACUUCUAAAGCCAUGACAUCAUUUUCCGUCAUGGCUUUAGCUGUUUAAAAGCACAGUCAACUUAGUGUAUGCAAACUUCUGACCCACUGGAAUUGUGAUACAGUGAAUUAUAAAUGUGAAAUAAUCUGUCUGUAAACAAUUGUUGGAAAAAUGACUUGUGUCAUGUAAAAGUAGAUGUCCUAACUGACUUGACAAAACUAUAGUUUGUAACAAGAAAUUUGUGGAGUGGUUGAAAAACAAGUUUUAACGACUCCAAACUAGGUGUAUGUAAACUUCCGACUUCAACUGUAUAUCAACAAUGUUAAUGAGAUUGUUGUCCAGUUGAUUUCCUUUGUAUGAUUUAAUCCAUCCUAGGUAUUUGUGAUUCAGUUCAUAAUACUGAUGAUAACGAAAACCACUUAAAAACUUCAUCACGUUUAUAUUCUCCAGAUCAAAUGUUCUGUAAAAAAAAAAAAAAAAUUGAUGCUUGGUUAUAAAGACAUUGAUAGACAGUUUAAAGACCGACAUAGAGAAGUCACAAGAAAGUUUGUGUUCACUUUUGACUCUCAUUCUACUUGCUCAUCCAAAGAGUUUGAUCAAGUAAAGUUAUAUAGCAGUGAUGUGCAUGACCUUUUGCAACUAGGGGGCAAUAUCCUUACCUGAAAUCUGCAUUUGUAUCGCAUGUCUUCCACUGGCAUCUGAGGUUAUACACGCUUGCAUGUCGAGUAAGAAUUUCAGUAACACUUUAUUUGGAUAGUCCAUCUGUAGAUGCCCCAGACUAAAUCAGUAACAUUUCAACAAACCAUCUACUAACUAACCUUAACCCUUAUUCUAAACCUAACCGUAACCUUAGCAAGCAAUUGCUUAUCAACAGAUGGUUUGUUGAUAGUACAACUGUCUGUAGAACAUCUACAGACGGACUAUCCAAAUAAACUGUUCCCAGAAUUUCGGACGUAAAGAUUUGACGAAGAUGGAAUAUUAACGUUGACCAUUAUUAUAAUGUGCAGACAUAUACAUCGCUGCCAAAGCAUUUUUACAUUACUUGUCCAAAGCAUUUUUACAUUACUUGUCCAAAGCAUUUUAUUGUUGAAUGUGAAAAUGUGUUAAGAAAUAAACCCUUUUUAUUCAUC